AUGACGACGAAGCGCCGCAACCAUGGCCGUGCGAAGCCCCCGAGCUCCCGUGGCCGCACAAGGCCUGUGCACUGCUUCAACUGUAGUCGUCUUGUGCCGAAGGACAAGGCUGUGGGACGCUUCGUUGUGCGCCGCAUGCUUGACCAGGCCUCUGCCCGUGAUGUGGCGGAAGCGUCCAACGUGUACGGUGCCGGAUUUCCGAUGCCCAAGCUUUACAUGAAGCAGCGCUACUGCAUCGCGUGCGCCAUCCACAGCCGCACUGUCCGUGCUCGCCCCGUCGAACUGCGCAAGCGUCGCUUCACAACGAAGGUGCCAUUCCGCCCGACAGGUGCCAAGUAA